AUGUCGUCCGUGUGGCAGCAGGAGGGCUACUCCCCCUGCGUGGAGAUCGACUCCAGCUCCGUGCGGACCAAGGAGCGGCUCGGCUCUCCGGCCUGGCUGAAGCAGGAGCAGGAUGACCUCCGCAUCAUCAAGUGGGAGAACUUCCAGUCGGGAGCCUCGGCCGACUCUGUGCAGGACAACACACCCAGCAGCGCCAUGCCAGCUGCCUCACAUGCAGAGAGCCUGCCCCCCCGGGUGCUGCUGACCAUCACCAAGCUGCAGUGCAUGCUGGAGAGCAAACAGGAGCGCAUCGCCGCCCUGGAGCGGCAGGUGGAGGACCUGGUGCAGGACCGCCGCUUCCUGAGGAGCCAGAUCGAGAACCUCACAAGCAGCCGCUCCAUGCCCACGUUCGCUUGCCCCAGUCCAGUCACAGAGGCGCCCAAACCCAGCAAGGUGCAGCACUCGGAGAGCAAGUCUCGGAAGAGAGAAAGAGCUUCGUCCAGCUCCUCUGACGCCAGCGGCAGCGGCUCCGAGGCGUCCGACUUGUCGGAAGUUUCAGCGGCGUCGAGCGAACACAGACGGAGGAAACAUCACAAGGACAAGAGAAGGUCGAGGAAAGGGAAGGACUACAGCAGGAAGAGAGCUACAGGUGUCCAGUACGUCAUCCACCGCUACAAACAGGUCCUGUCGUCCUUCAUCAAGAAGAAGAACAUGAGCGAAGCCUUCCGCCACCUCGGCAUCGACCGCAACACCAUCGCAAACACGGCGUCCAUCGCCGAGCUGCACCUGGCCGGCAAAGACAUGGUCCCCCUGGUGGGCAUGUUCCGCCAGGGAGAGGAGACUCUGGUCAGCUAUGCCCAGAGGUGCACCUUGGUCAUCGACAGUGACACGGACCUGUCCAGGAGGAUAGACCAGAUGAAAGCCAACGGCGAGCUCCUGCCCAUCUCAGGGAAACGGCCCAGGGUGUCGCAUUCUCACCUGCAGCAGCUGGGGGGCGCUGCAGACAGUAUUUUAAUAGGUUGA